CGGUGGAGGGGAGUUGUGGUGGGGCUUGUUGGGAUCAUGGCGGAGAAUCACUGCGAGCUGCUGCAGCCCGCCCCAGGCUGCCUCGGAGUGGGGUUGGGGGGAAGCCUCUGCCGCCGCUGCAGCGCGGGGCUGGGCGCUGUGGCCCAGCGCCCUGGCAGCGUGUCCAAGUGGGUCCGGCUCAACGUCGGCGGCACCUACUUCCUCACCACCCGGCAGACGCUGUGCCGGGACCCGAAAUCUUUCCUGUACCGUUUGUGCCAGGCGGACCCCGACCUGGACUCGGACAAGGAUGAAACAGGUGCCUAUUUAAUCGACAGAGACCCCACCUAUUUUGGGCCCGUGCUGAACUACCUGAGACAUGGAAAGCUGGUCAUUAACAAAGACCUCGCAGAGGAAGGAGUGUUGGAGGAAGCGGAAUUUUACAAUAUCACCUCACUAAUAAAACUUGUAAAAGACAAAAUUAGAGAACGAGACAGCAAAACAUCACAGGUGCCGGUGAAGCAUGUGUACCGUGUGCUUCAGUGUCAGGAGGAGGAGCUCACACAGAUGGUGUCCACCAUGUCCGACGGCUGGAAGUUUGAGCAGCUGGUCAGCAUUGGCUCUUCCUACAACUAUGGGAGCGAAGACCAGGCCGAGUUCCUCUGUGUGGUCUCCAAGGAGCUGCACAACUCCCCGUACGGCACGACCAGCGAGCCCAGCGAGAAAGCCAAGAUUUUGCAAGAGCGGGGUUCAAGGAUGUGAGGAGCACCGCAUCAACAGCUGAAGAAACAUUUUACUUUUCCCAAGUUGCAACGAACCGCCAUGUCGAGGAAGCUUGGCCGUGAGAAGAAACCUGCUUUUGACAAUUUCUCUAAAGAAUGGUGUGAAUCCUUUUUUGCCUCUGCGGUGGGUGGUGAGAGACAGGACCAGCUGUCCACCGCCGGGCAUCCCCACUGGGAGGUGGCGUGCUGGCCAGGCGGGCGUUCCUGCGGGGGCCUCCACUAGGGUUUUCCAAGUGCUGCACAGGCCUAAGGCGGAUGCUCCCAACGAACCCCUUCAAUCACCGAAGGUCAUUUACAGGACCGCGUUCUUGGUGCUACAUAAACAGUCUGUAAUGGAGCCUGGGCCUCACUGGUAGCAAGUGGCCACAGUGCUGUGGUCCUGGGCUCUGGGUGUCCGAUGGGCACCCCCACCGCACCAGGCCCUGGUCCUCGGGUCUGGGAGUCAUGCCCGGGUGUGAUCGGUUGGCCGUUUCUCAGCCUUGGGCAGCUUUUGACAGAGGCGGCCUCUGUGUGUUCACUACUUCCCGAGCCUCCGCCCUGAAGCUGGGCCUCCUUCAGGCCGUGCUCCCCCAACCUGACCCAGCCGGGAACAGUCAAGGCUUCUCCAUUUGUAUUUUCCAGGCGAGAGACCUUUGCACCCCUUUUUUCCCAGUGUGGAUAGACUUCCCAAUGUUUUUACUUUUUAGAAACGCCUAAAAGUGUUGCUGCAUUUUGGAUUGAUCUGUUAAGUCAUUGAAAGGGAGGUAGAAAUUUUGUCACGUCCGUCCCACCCACGGGCUCGUAGGGGAGCUGGCGCCCGUCGGUUAGUGCCUUUGUCUCGCUGGGAUGGAGGUCAGGGUGGGAGGCCCGUCCACCUGGCGUCUGGAGCUGAAACCGGGUCACGUUGAAAAUUGGAUGUUUACAGCGCAUCACAAAUAUUUCUCUUUCUUGCCGGCUCUCUUCGUUUUCUUUGUAUAACUAUGCAGUUCUCUGGUAUUUCUGGGAUGUUUGAGACUUCACACACAACCUACACGGGCUCUGCCCACCUGACACAACAUUGGAGCUACUAGGAUUCCUUUCAAACCUGCUGUCCGCAUGCUUUGAGAACAGACCUUUCUGAGCUGGUCAUGGAGACUGUCCGAGUCGGGGCACCCGGCUCCGAUGAGCAGCUUUCUGCUUCCUGACCUCGGGCUUCCUUCCCGGGGCAGCUGUGCACACUGACGGGGGCUCCUGACACGUCGGAGAGAGGUUCUGACACGUCUAGUUUCAAAUGCUUCCGGAGCCCUUUCCUCCUUUGCCAAUAACCUGAUUAACCAAGUUCUCCAGCACCUAGGACUUACCUCCUCCUUUUUGUAAGGUCUGUUGUAUGUUGUUAAAUGUUUGGCUUCAACCAUUUAUAGCAACCUUUCUACAGGGCACAUUUCGCCCUGGUGAUUCAUUCUGCCCGUGGAACCCUGGGAGGAGGGCGGCCCUUGCCGGCCUCGGGUGUACCUGUGGGGCGCUGCUGGCCGCUUAGCGUCGUUUAAUUCGUGACCUUGACAUUAUAGGUAGGCUUGUGGUGUUUUCUUUUUUUUAAUUUAAAGAUAUUAAGACUUAAUUCACUAAAAUUUAUUCUAAGGGGAUAUUUAUACUUUUAUACUUUUUUAGGUAUCCGUAUUUUAUCAGCUUACAGUUUAAUGCCUAAGUUUCCCCUGAAAAUAGCAAAUAAAAUUGUGUAUUUAUGAAUG